AUGAAGCAACGUAUUACCGCAUUGGAUCUUCAGAUCAUUACGGCGGAACUCCAAGAGAACAUCUUGAACUACCGUCUAAAUAACAUUUAUAAUGUCUCUACCUCCCAAAGACAGUUCUUACUUAAGUUUGCUAUUCCUGACUCGAAGAAAGUAGUGGUUUUGGACUGUGGUAACAAGUUGCACUUAACAGACUUCGAGAGGCCCACAUUGCAAACGCCCUCCAACUUCGUCACCAAGUUGAGGAAGCAUCUCAAGACCAGAAGGCUCUCCAGAUUGCUUCAGCUAGGUAAUGAUAGAGUGUUGGUAUUCGAGUUUAGUGAUGGUUUGUUCUAUUUGGUGUUGGAGUUCUUCAGUGCUGGGAACAUUUUGUUGUUGGAUCACGACAGGAAGAUCUUAUCCUUGCAAAGAAUGGUCCAGGACAAGGGGAACAACGAUAGAUAUGCAGUAAAUGAGACCUAUAACAUGUUUGACAAGGACUUACUUGAUAAAUUGCAAGAUAAUGGUCAAGAAAUCAAGGCCAAGAGCUAUAGCGUUGGCCAAGUUCAAGAAUGGAUUGAUGCUCAGAAGAAGAAAGUAGCUGAAAACUUGGAACUGGAGUCUGCUUCUACAAAGAAGAGUAAGAAAAGGAAUAAGGUUUACUCCAUUCAUAAACUUUUAUUUGUGAACGCUAGUCAUUUAUCUGGAGAUUUGAUUCAGAAAAGGCUCACAAAGGAUGGUAUAAACCCUUCGGCUUCAUGUUUCGAUUUUGAUGGUCAGGAGAGCAAGUUACUAGAAAUCGUUCAAUCUUUAGAUUCUACGGAACGCGAUUAUUUGGAUUUAUUAAGUGGAAUUGAGGACGGAGUAACGGGGUACAUCGUCGCUAAGAAGAACGAACUGUUUGUCGCUGAGAAGGAAGGUGAAGCUGAUGAAAAUCAAUCCAAAUCAAAUGAUUUAGAGUAUCUAUACGAAGAGUUCCACCCAUUCUCACCUGUGACAAAAAGUAACGAUGUGAAGCUUAUUCCCAUUAAAGGUUAUAAUAGAACUUUAGAUCAAUUCUUUUCCACAAUUGACUCUUCAAAAUAUGCAUUAAGAAUUGAACAACAAAAGCAACAAGCGAACAAGAGACUAAAUCAUGCAAGAGAUGAAAGAGAUAAGCAAAUCCAAGCAUUAGUGGACCAGCAAACAACCAACAUUAGAAAAGGUGACAUUAUCAUUUAUAACGCCGAAAAAGUUGAAUUGUGUAAAGAAUCUGUUCAAAAAUUGGUUGAUCAGCAAAUGGAUUGGACGAAUAUUGAAAGUUUGAUAAAAUUAGAACAAAAUAGAGGAAAUGAAAUUGCAAAUAUGAUCAAAUUACCGUUAAAUUUGCUAGAGAACAAAAUUAGUUUACUACUUGAAGACGUUGACGCUUUGGGCGAAGACCAUAGUGACGAAGACGAUAGUGAUUCAGAAUCAGAAUCAGACUCUGACUCUGACUCUCAAAGUGAGAGCGAACCCGACCUGGAUUCAGAUCUGGAUUCAGAUCUGGACUCAGAUUCAGUCUCCGCCGAAAGACACUCAAAGAUUAAGCCGCCUAAGAGAACCAAGAAAACAAUCCCUAAGGUAACAGUUUGGAUAGAUUUAUCACUUUCACCUUAUGCGAACGCCAGGCUCUAUUUUGAUGCUAAGAAAACAGCAGAAACUAAGCAAAUGAAAGUCGAAAAGAGUGCCUCUUUAGCUCUCAAGAAUGCAGAGAGGAAAAUCACUCAAGACUUACAAAAGAACUUGAAAAACGAAACAGACGUUUUAAAGCAAAUCAGACCAAAAUUUUGGUUCGAGAAAUUCCAUUGGUUUGUUUCGAGUGAAGGAUAUUUGUGCUUGGCUGGCAGAGAUGACUCCACAAUAGAUAUGCUUUAUUAUAGACACAUUAACGAUAAUGACUAUUUUAUCACAUCAGAUAUAGAAGGAUCCUUGAAGGUUUUCAUUAAAAACCCAUACAAAGGAGAAGGAAUCCCACCUAGUACAUUAAUGCAGGCUGGAAUGUUUGCCAUGUGUACUUCUACUGCUUGGAACAAUAAGGUCACAACCUCGGCAUGGGUUCUUAGAGUGGAUGAAAUCUCUAAAAGGGAUUCUGAUGGAUCUUUCUUGGAACCUGGUAGUUUCAGAUUCCUUGCAAAGAAAGACUACCUCCCCCCAGCUCAGUUAGUAAUGGGUUUUGGAUUUUACUGGUUAGGAAAUGAGGAAACGACAGAAAAGUAUAGAAAAUUGAGACAAGAGAAAGAAGAAAAGCAUGGCUUAAAAAUCGUGAUGGGGAACAAGAAGAAAGAUCUUGAUGAUUUGAAGUUAGACGAAAGUUCAAAAUCUGAAGUCUCUUCUGUCAAGGCUGAAAAGGAACAUCUAAAUAUCGAACCUGAAACCCAAGUUUUAUCUGAUGCAGACGAUGUCUCAGAUGUAACUAGUGAAGUAUCCACUUUAAAUUUGGACGCUUCAAACCCUCAGCAAGUGAGAGGAAGAAAAGGUAAAUUGAAGAAGAUGGCUAAGUAUGAAGCUCAAGAUGAUGAAGAUAGACGCCUUAGAAUGGAAGUCUUGGGUACGUUGAAACAAGUUCAAGAUAGAGAAAAGGCACAAGUAGAGAAGUUGAUCCAAGAAAAACUUGAAAAGAACCAAGGAAAGCGCGUGCAAGAAUCUGCGCGAGUAUCAGAACGCAGGAAGCAACAAGAGCGUGAGUUCCGUAAGUACUUGACUGAUGAAGGUGAUGAAGAUGAGUCGGGAACUACUAACUAUUUGGAUAUUUUCGAUUCCUUAAUCUCUAAGCCCAUGCCUGAAGAUGAAAUGAUUGAUUUGAUUCCUAUUUUUGCGCCAUGGAGUGCUUUGAAUAAAUUCAAGUAUAAGGUUAAGAUUCAGCCCGGAAUUGGUAAGAAAGGAAAGUCUAUUAACGAAGCAUUACACUAUUUCACUACACGAAAGAUGGAUUCAAAGCGCGAAGAUAUUGACGUCGAUUGGCCUAAUGAAAGAGAAAUUGUCAAAUCUACCAAGCCGAAUGAUUUAAUUGGAACCAUAGCUGUCAAUAAAUUGAAAAUCGUACUUCCUGGAGGUGACGCAAGUGGAAAGAAAAGCAGCGCAGGAGGCAAGGGCCCAUCCACUGGUAACAAAAAAGGAGGCAAGAAGAAAAAAUAA